UUUAAUUUAAAAUUAAAUGAGUGAAUAGCUGGAGAAAAAUAAAAUGUCUAACUUUUAAAGAUAAAACAUACCAGUCGACUUCAUAUGACUACACUUCAGUUUAAAUUUUAAGGGGAAAUGUUUGUGUGAUUAAGGAGGGGAAUAUUCUAGAAAACGUGAAAACACUAGCCAUGUCUAUCUGUUGUGUACAAGAGAAUAAAAAGUCCCAAGGCUGUACAGAUGUUAUUUUCCUUGUGGUUUUUGUCAUAUUUUGGGUUAUAUUGAUAUUUAUAGCAGCUUUUGCUUUUGUUACUGGUAACCCAUUAAGAUUGAUGUAUGGAUAUGAUAGCUUUGGGAAUAUCUGUGGAGUUGAUAAUAAGCCUGUUGGAAAUUUGUCUUAUUCUGGAUUGGACAUGACAGACAAACCGUAUUUGUUUUACUUCGAUGUGACAGACCUUUCACAUUCACUGAUGAUUUGUGUGAAAAAAUGCCCUGAUAGAAUAUUAUCCAACAUUGUGGACCUUCAGAAGUUUAAACUUGACACAGGAUCAUCACUUCAUCGUUAUGAUAUAGAUGAAUUUGAUACCUGUAGUGAUAUUAAUUUAACAGGAGAAGGUAAAGGUAUAACAAGUAACAGUGGAUUAGGUCCUUGCCCUAAACUUCCAGUAUAUGCUAUGAAACCUUUGUUGCACAGAUGUGUUCCUGAGUCAGUGUUGGGCAUUACACAGAACAUUAUAUAUAGUUUCUAUAGUUACUUAAACAGCUUUGACACUUUUCAACAAGUUGUUGGUGAUCUGUAUGCAAGCUGGAAAGAAAUGCUUGGAAUGCUUAUACUAUCUGUAGUUCUCUCAUUCGUCAUGGUGUUUUUGAUCCAUUUUGUUGCCGCUGUUGUAUCUUGGAUUAUUAUGGCUGUAAUAGCCUUGGCUUCUAUUGCAUUGACGGGCAUAUUGUGGUGGACUUACUUGAGAAUCAAGUGGGGUUUGGACUCAACUCCCUUCUUUGAGCUUUUGGAAGAAGCAGCUAAAAAUGAACGUGCUUUUCUCAUUUAUGCUGUUUUGGUAACCAUCCUGACUGUGUGCUUAUUGUUGAUUCUGAUAAUUUUAAGAAAGCGAGUGGAGCUGAUGGUAGCCUUGUUUCAUGAGGCUGGGAAGUGUGUUCGUGCCAUGCCUUGCCUGUUGCUUCAGCCUAUAUUUACCUUCAUUGUAUUGGGAAUGUUCUUCAUUUUCUGGCUAGGAAUAGUUUUGACAAUGGCUACGGCAGAUUACCCAACAAGAACAACAGUAUUGAGUCCUCUGCUAGAAAACUCAGGAGAACCCUCAAGUGUUUUAGAUCAGAGUGCAGCUACCAUUCAGGUUAGUGCUGAGCAAAUUGCACACGUGGCACAGUUCACAACGAUCAAGUAUAAUGAACCAGCAUGGGUGCAUCAUCAGUGGUGGUACUUGCUUAUUGCACUUGUGUGGACUAGCGAGUUUAUCUUAGGUUGUCAACAGAUGGUCAUUGCUGGUGCUACUUCUUCUUGGUACUUUCAAAGCAGGAAUGAACUACACUGUCCUAUUGGGAAGUCUGUGUUGCAUCUAAUAUCUUACCACUUGGGGUCUGUUGCACUGGGAUCUUUUCUAAUAACAAUUUUUAAAGUGCCCCGCAUUGUUUUGUCUUUCAUGAAAAGAAGUCUGAAGAAAUAUGAAAACAAUGUGAUUGCUUCCUGCUGCUAUAAAUGCUGUAGUUGUUGCCUUUGGUGUCUGGAGAAAUUCAUUAGAUAUUUAAAUCAUAAUGCAUACACUGUUGUAGCAAUUAGAGGAACAGGUUUUUGCCAUUCUGCACAAUCUGCUUUUAAUACCUUGGUAACUAAUGCUUUGAGAGUUGCAACUAUCAAUAGUGUUGGGGACUUCAUACUGUUUUUGGGAAAAUGUGCUGUGACUGUGCUUACUGCCUGUGUUGGAAUCUUAGUCAUGAUGCACAACCAAGACCUACAUUUUUUUGCUAUUCCUGUAUUUGCAGCUUGUGUAUUUUCAUUCUUCAUUGCCCAUUCUGUGCUGUCUGUAUAUGAGAUGGUCAUCGAUACCUUAUUCCUUUGUGCCUGUGAACAGUUUAAGAGCAAGAGGCAAGACACAGAAUUUACAAGGCACAAGUCUUUAAUGAGAAUCUUGACUGGAGAAGAUGUAGAAGAAGGAGCACAGCCUCUUCAAGAAAUGCCAGUAAAGAGCCAUGAUGAAAAUGACAAAGAAUAGUCAGAUAUUCACAUUAUUAUACUGGGAUGUAUGCGUGUGAAAUGUUGAUUAAUUAGUAUAGUACAACUGUUUUUUCUUGUUACAUGAGUACCUUGAUAAUUUUUUUACAAGUAAUUGUGGGCCACAAAUUUUGUUACUUGUAUAAAAUAACAGCUCUGAUUCUUUAAAGGUAGUAUCAUCAUAGUGUUUAGUUAUUU